AUGGCUUUGGACAAUUGGUCUACCGAAAUUUAUAGCCCUUUUGAAAUAAGUGUUUUUGUGGAUCUUACAACGAGCAGUGGAAACAAAGCUUGGGAGGCUUGCCGUAAAAUGCCUUGCGGGAAGUUGGCUCAAUGGAGGACAGGAAAUAAGCUAACGGAAGUUAGCAAAGAUGGACAGUCUAUUUUAUGCAGCUUUUUCCAACGUAAUAACAAGAGUAUGCCACAUUUGUGUGAUAUGCCGAAAAAAUUUGUUGUAGGUGGUGUACCACGGUCGGGUACUACAUUAAUGAGGGCCUUGUUAGAUGCUCAUGGAGACAUCAGUGGGGAAGAAACUCGAGUAAUUCCUGACCUUCUUCAAAUGCGUCAACGAUGGGAAUCUGCUGGCCACAUGCACUUGCUGACUGCUGCAGGGGUGACGCAUGAUGUACUGAAAAGUGCCGUCAAACGAUUCAUUACAGAGAUUAUCAGGAACCACGGUAAGCUUGCUAAACGGUUAUGUGAUAAAGAUCCUUUAAUAAUGUUAUCGAUGAAGUACCUUCAUGAAAUGUUUCCGCGUGCCAAAUUUAUACUGAUGUUGCGGGACGGUCGUGCUGCGGUACAUUCAAUAAUAAAUCGUCGAAUUCCUGUUAUCGGUUUCAGCUUGAAUGAACCUGAGCUGUCUUUUAACUUCGAUAAAAAUGGACUGUUUUUUUUCUUUUCAAUUUUAAAAUUGUAUGACUGCAAACUGUUGUCGAUAGCGCAGGCGUCAUUGAAAGUGUGGAACCGAAUGAUUGAGGGAAUGUAUAAUCAGUGUAUAGACCUCGGAAAUGCUUACUGUCUUCCUGUAUACUAUGAACGUGUUGUUUUACACACUAAAGAAGAGAUGGAGAAGAUUUUUCGUUUUCUUGGAAUUCACUGGUCGGAGAGGGUACUUCAUCAUAAAACCUUUAUUGGGAAAGAUAUUCGACUAAGUCCGUUGGAAUUUAGCACAACUCAAGUAAAAAAGUCGAUAUACGUCAACGCUUUGAACAGGUGGAAAGGAUUUUAUUCAAAAGAUAUUCUGCGACGGCUCACUUCUAUUGCGCCAAUGCUAAUAAGACUUGGUCAGUUUGAAAAUUUAGUCUUUAUGCAUAACAUGACAAGAGCAUCAGAAAGAAAUCAAGUUAAUGACAGUCUUGAAGGACUAUUUUUUACACACAGGAAAUAUAUAGGUUAUAAUAGCACUGAUGAGGAUCCAAAUUACAAUGAUUUAUGA